GCUACACGCGGAGGCUCGCGGAGAUCGCCAAGAGACGCGAGCCGAGGGUGACGGCCAUGCGUUGGCUCCGUCCCGUGACCGCGUGCGCCGCCACGAAGAGGAGACGCGCGGAGUGGCUGUGCGGUACGAGGCUGCGCAGUUAUUCCAACAGGUAAACACCCCUGUACCCAGCACGCAGCGCACAACGCAGAGGAGCGAGGACAAACAGAGAAGCCCCGACUGACGAUGCCAGCACCCUCUUCGUACGCUCGCUCAGUCGGGCGGUUUAGCAGCGGAGGAGGAGGAGGAAGAGGAGUAAGAAGAAGAGGAUCCCACUCGCCAGACCCGGCAGGGGACUCCAACCCGGACGGGCCCCGCGGCCUCUGCGUGAACGUGGGCGGCAGCAAGCACUUCGUGCCCCGUGAGCUGCUCGAGGCUCAUCCGGACAGCCGCCUCGGGAGGCUGGCGGCCAGGUCGUCCUCCCACUCGGGCGUCACGUUCGGCGACCCCCUCGAUCGCUCGGCCGUGACCGCGGCGGGAGGCCCCGAGGCGGUCGCGCCGGACGCAGCGGCGGAUGGCGCCGUGCUCGGCUCGGCCGCCUUCGUCGAUCUGUGCGACGACGCGGACCCCUCCUCGCGCGAGUUCUUCUUCGACCGCAGCGCCGAGACGUUCGGCUACGUGCUCGCCUUCUACCGCACGGGCCGCCUGCACGUGCACGAAGGCCUCUGCGCCGCCGCCUUCCUGCAGGAGAUGGAGUACUGGGGCAUCUCGGAGCCCAGCCUGGCGCGCUGCUGCCGCGACCGCUUCGGGCGCAAGCGCGACAACAUCCUAAGCACCGCGGCGGCUCAGCAGCAGCAGCAGUUCCCCGCCGAGCAGUUCGGUUCGAGGCAGCAGGCGCAGGAGGACGAGGAGCGGCAGCUGCUGCUGACCGAGGGCGCGCGCUGCGGCCCGCUGCGUGUGCGCGUCCUCGAGCUCCUCGAGAGCCCCGAGUCGUCGCGGACGGCGCGCGCGGUGUCGCUCCUCUCCGUGAGCUUCGUGCUCCUCUCGGUGGUCAACAUGUGCCUCAUGACGGCCUACGAGGGCGCCGCGGCGCAGGAGGCGUUCUCGGCGCUCGAGAGCGCCUGCACCGCGUGGUUCACCGUCGAGUUCUCGUGCCGCGCCGUGUGCGCGCCCCGCAAGCUGCGCUUCCUCGCGCGCUUCUCCAACGUGGUGGACCUGCUCGCGAUCGCGCCCUACUACAUCACGGCGCUGCUCGAGAGAGUCCAGCAGCAGCAGCAGCACUCAGGGGCCGCCGCUGCCGCCGGUGCUACUGCCGGCGGCGGCGGUGGCGGCGGUGAUCUCGGCAACGCGGGACGCGCGCUGCAGACGGUGCGCCUCCUGCGCGCACUGCGCCUCCUCAAGCUGGGGCGGCACUCCACGGGGCUGCGUGCGCUGGGCACGACGCUGGCGCGCUGCUACGAGGAGGUGGGCAUGCUCAUGCUCUUCCUCUCCGUGGGCAUCUCCAUCUUCGCGGCGCUGGAGCACGCGCUCGAGGGCUCCGAGCCCAACUCGCUCUACCCGAGCGUCCCCGCCGCCUGGUGGUGGGCCAUCGCCUCCAUGACCACGGUGGGCUACGGCGACAUCCGGCCCGACACGGCGGCGGGCAAGGCGGUCGCCUUCCUCUGCAUCCUCUUCGGCAUCCUGGUGCUCGCGCUGCCCAUCGCCACCAUCAACGACAAGUUCUCCGAGUACUACGUGACGCUGCGGGCGCGCGACUCCUCGGCGCGGCAGGGCAAGACGCUGCGCAGGCUCGCGCGGAGCCUCUCGCAGGAGCGCCUCGCCGCCGCCGCCGCGGCCACCGUGGCCGGUGGCGACGGCGGCGAGGGCGGGAGGAACCUGCGCGACGCGUACGCCUGGAGGGUCGUGAGGCUGCUGCGAGGUGGCGGUGGCGGCGGUGGCGCCGCCGGAGCACAGGACACAUGAGGCGGCUCUCCGGUGUCGUCGCCGCGCCCUUGCCCGGCGUUCACGCUCCGCGCGCCGCUCGGAUAUUCGUCCAUUCGAGCGACUUUUGAAGAGGAGGCUGUGAGACACGGGGCUGGAGGGAGCUCCCAGCAGCCGGAGCGAAACGUUGGACGUCAUGCAGAAGGGGCGCACGUGAUUAAGCAAGCCAGAAGUGCGCAGCACGCAACCGCCCAACACUCGCGCGGUAGCUCGAAGGAAGGGGCUUCGCGGUGGAUCAAGGGACGUGACCGUCACGUGACGCAAGUGCCUGGAGGAGGAGAUGUCGAGAAGGGAGCGUGAAUCUGAGUGGAAUCUUCCCGUCCGCAGGGGCCCGCUCGGAAGGCCGCCUUCACACGCGAGUCAGCAGCCGAGGGCUCAACAGUCUUCGAGACGCAAGUGGCUCGCGACCGUCCGAGUUGUGGGGCCCUCCGCGCCUGCCGCUCGCCGCCUCUUUGCAGACUUGGGACAUCGGCAUCUUCCGUCGAUUGAGUUUAAAACAUUUUCCCAAGAAAUCUUUACCGACUGUCGGGAUUGUUCUCCUCGAGGGGAGGCACUUUCACCAGCAAGUGGCCACGAUCUAGAAAUUGCAGGGCUGCACCUCUACCAUCACCACGUUUUUCGGUGCGCGUCAAAUUGCUUGUUGAGAAAUUUGACGCGUGGGGACAAACUUUGUCGCCACCGGAGGACAACCACAGAGAGGGAGAGAUCUCUAACGCCGCUUACACGAAGGCGGCUGACCUUCAACGUGUCCCACUGCAGCGGUGUUCUUCGCUGCAAGGCCUGCGGGCUACUGGCGCUCCCUGGUGGCCUUCAGUGCGGCCCCCGACAAUACACAACAAAUGAAAACACCCCAUCGCGCUGCUGUCAAACCCCCAAUGGUUUCAAAUGGUGUGGCGGCCCUCACACUGAUGAUGUCUUCUCGGCGAAAGUGGUCCCUGCCCCCCUACCCCCCACCUCUGAAAAGUAGUCAAGAAUACUGGUCUACUCGGUCAACGGGUUCCACGAAUGCUGGGACAUGAGCUGCCACUGCUCAGUCUGUCACCACCGGCCGGCCGCCAGAGCGUGACAUGAGCACCGGGCGGUGGGGUCUGUGCGGUCCACUCAGGUACCGUGGGUGGCUGCGACAAGAAUUCAGGGUUGGGUAGCAGUAAUGCUGCACAGAUAGCCCUACUGGGAGCAUACUUGCUGUGCUGUUUGCUGCCUUAUACAGGCGCUGCCUGGCUUCCUUGAAUGUUGAGCUGUGAAAUGAAUCCGUGACCUCGCAGCCAACUACAUUUGACCUUUGGUUAACCAAGGAGUUGCGCUCCCCUUUGCAACUCGGUCCGCAUACAGAGAGAGUGGUG